AUGUCUUCCUACGACCAGGCUGAUCUGAAGGACAUGGAGGCUGUGCAUGAACUGGAGCCAAUCAGAGUCAACGGUUGCGACAUUCGGGUCACGACGUCCGGGCUAGUGCUGCCGGACGCCUUGGCUGCAAUCUUCCAGCCAGUGGACAACCACAUGCAGCUCCUGAGAACAGCAGUCACAGCCGAGGCCAUGGAGAGAUGGGGCUACGACGUCAGGAGCGUGAAGCUCGCAAACCCUUACAAGCAAAUGCGAGGAGAAAAGGCCGAAAAAUGCGACAAGAGGCGCCACAACUUUCUCAAGCUCUACUGGCAAAAACUGGAGGAUGAGUACAAGCGGAUACGGAAGGCGGCCUUUAUGAAGAGGAAGCGCUCCCGGCCCUACUAUCAAUGCCGCGACCAGCGCGCCAUUCAGAUGCCACGUGUCAAUUACGGAUCCCAAGGGAUGGACGGUGGGGACAAGCCGGGAGACUGGGGGCGACAGUCUGGGAGCGUGAGCGGCGAAACGGCGAAAGAAGAGGACGGAAGAGAGGGAAAGGAGGGUUCUACGCGCCGGUGGGUUUCCGGAAGACGAGCGGAGCAGAACGGAAGCGGAACCGAGAAUCCAAAUGGGAACGGGAACGGGAAUGGAAACGGCAACGGAAACGGAACCCGGAUUGAGAGGGAAGCAGCGGAACGGGGGAAUGGCAGGGCGGGUGUGGUGACGCCGGAGCCGGAACAAGGGGAUGGGCCGCGGAACAACGGAGUGCGCAGCGAUGGAAAGGCUGUAAGCUGCGAGACAAGUGCGAGUGAGGAGGAAGGUUAUACGAUUCCAGCAGAGUCGCUCAACUCAGAACACUUUCGGACUGGAGUCCAGGAGCUCCUUGCGAGAACAAGAGAUAUGAAGGCAAGGAGCGUCGCCGAGAAGGCGGGCAACGGGCACAGCGGCUGGGGCGCGGUCGAGAUAUUGACGGAGGCGAUCGAGCGGGAGCUAAACGGAGUCGAGAGGGUACUUUCAGUGGCGGUGGAAGGAAAAGUUGGGGACGAAGAAGCGCGAGAAAUCGGUCGGCACAUGAUGAGGGUCCAGAAGCUCAAUUCCUUGGAGAGUUUCCACGAGUUGCUCGCCAGUGAGACGGAAGCCGGCGGAAUGGGCGGCGAUCGGAUUCCGGCGAAAGCCCCGGAGGCGAAACAGCCGGACGACUACCUAGAGGGCAUCGCGCAACUUUUCGCAGAGAAGGACGCAGAGGAGGCGAGCAAGUCAGCGAACGCAGGCGACAACGAUGGGUCCCCAAACGAUCCCGGAAACACGAGCCCCCCGGUGAAGCAGCAGUCGUUCCGCCCAGAGAUUGCGGCUCCUUUCGUGGAGCGCUCUCCUAACUUUCCCACGCGCAACACCUCUGUCGCGGAUGGCUCGGACACAUGCCAGACCUUGGGGAAGGGCGGCCGCGCAAGCGCAACUACCGGAAAGGAGAACGCUUCGCCGAUGCAAAGUCUUAGCGACAACCAGAGCGGGGAGAAAGGUUUUGGAAGCGGGAGCAACGCCGGAUUUUCAGAUGAAGGGGAAGGCUCUGAAGCGGAGGAUGACUCCGGCCGAUCAGAAAACAGGGCCGGCUACGGCCACCGGUCACGGAACGAGUCCAAUGGAAAAUGGGAACCUGGAUUUGUCCCACUUGUAGCUGGAAUCGAGCGACAUGCAGUUGGAGUCAUACAGCGGUAUAGCAGGGCCUUUGGGAACGCCAGCAUAGGUGAGGAAAAUCAAUGCGAGAGCGAAGCCGUCCAGGGGGGCGGAAGGGGGGCUAAGUUGUACCCUGCGCCCGGGGAAAGCCUUCCGGGGAGCGUGAGCGUGGGCCAGAAGAAGGGGCCGGGAAGCCUUCGGAGCAGCGUGGGGUCGAGUGGGGCUGUCAGCCUACAGGGGAGCCUCAGCAGAGCUGUCAAUUCACAGAAUCCCAUCAGCAGGGAGCAGGUGAUGCGGUUGGCGGACCCGCUGUUGGCCGUCUUUGUGGACCUCACCGGCGGGGACCGAGCAGCGGCCAUGCGUAUGUUUCAUUGGGCGAUCGAGCUUUCGUCUCUGCCGCUGCAUCUGCGGUCUCAGAUCAUUGGGCCAGAGCAUACGAUCGAGGCCAACUUUGAUGAGGUCUGCGGCACGCUCUGCACCGCGCUGGCGGAAUCGCCGCCGGAAGCGGAACCGAUGCUGAUGGCGACGGUGGCGGAGGCGGCCGCGAGAGCGGAGAUGCCGAACGCGUGGCGGCCGCGAUUACCCCUCCUGGCCAAGUCCCUCAUCGACGUGGACCAAAAACAGCGCUACAAGCGCUGCCCGGACGACCUGUUUCAUCUCAUGAAGAGGAUCGGACAACUAGAGACCGACCAGCCAUGCCAUCCAAGGCUCGCAAAGAAGCCGCCCUUUGAGGGCCCCGGGCACUUUACGUGGGGCCAGACGAUCCUUCGCUAUCUGGGGAUGAAGUUCGCCAACGUUCUUUGGUGCCUGUCUAGAUCCCGGAGAGAUGCGGACCUGGAGCCGGGCAGUUUGGACAGGACGACAGACUCCGAGUUCAUCCGGGCCGCAAACGAGCUGUGCUAUGACGGCGGCAAUGUCAAGGUGUUCGGGUACGUGGAGCGGCUUCGGCAGCAGCCUUUUGCUUUUGCGGAAAUGACUUAA